CACGUUUGCAAAAAGGAGACAUAGGUGGACAGGUGUCGACUCAGCCUUGAUCUCGCAUCUUCCAACAUGAGCCCACCAGACACGUCCAACAGCACAGGCGAAGAGGAGGCUGGAGAAUCCGAUGCCUCGUUUCUGCUUAAUGACAGCAUGGGCUUACACCCACCCGGAUUCCACACCGACAUCAUCAAGCACCUUGGAGUCCAGAUCACACUGAUCACAGCUUAUUCCCUUAUAAUCCUGAUGGGGCUGCUGGGCAAUGCUCUCGUUAUCUACAUGAUUAUUCGCUACAAAAACAUGCGAACAGUAACCAACUUCUUCAUAGCUAACCUGGCCCUGGCAGACCUUCUUGUGAACACCUUCUGUUUGCCCUUCACUCUGGUUUACACUCUAUUAGAAGAGUGGACAUUUGGGGCUGUGCUGUGCCACCUGGUGCCCUUUGCCCAGGCUCUGAGCGUGCAUGUAUCUAUCCUGACUAUGACUAUCAUAGCCCUGGAGCGCUACCGUUGUAUCGUGUUCCACCUUGGACGGCGCCUCACAUGGCACUCCAGCUUCCUCAUCAUGGCAUUCACCUGGACGGUGUCUGCUGUCCUGGCAGCACCCCUGGCGAUCUUCAGAGAGUUCCGCUAUGAAGAGAUCACUUCAAUCAACCAGCGCUUUCCCGUCUGCACUGAGAAGUGGCCCCAUGUGACCAGCAGAGAUGGCCUCAUCUUCAGCGUCUCAAUGCUGCUCCUACAGUAUAUUAUUCCUCUAGCCAUCAUCAGUUAUGCCUACAUAUGCAUCUGGGUCAAACUGAAAAAUCACGUCAGCCCAUCCAGCCGCAACGACAACAUCAACCGCCGCAAAAAGACCACAAAGAUGUUGGCGCUAGUGGUGGUGGUGUUUGCCAUCUGUUGGCUGCCCUUCCACGCAUUUCAGCUGGCCAUCGACCUGGACCUGGUGCUCAGGCUUGAGGAGUAUAAACUGAUAUACACCGUGUUCCACAUUGUGGCCAUGUGUUCGACUUUUACCAACCCUCUCCUGUAUGGGUGGAUGAAUAAAAACUACAGGAAUGGCUUCCUCAUGGUCUUCCGGUGCGAAGACAAGCCGGAUACUUUCCACCCAGAAGGCUCAUUCAGGACUCGCUCCAUAAGGACGACGACUCUGAACGGCCGCAAUGGCGGACACCCUCCCACAGCUGUAUGAGAGUUGCACAUUUCAAAACA